UACCCACCAGUAAGCUCGCGACCGGCUUGCCGUUUGAGCGCCCUGAGAAGUCAGGGUGGGAUGAUGAACUAACGCCUCGCUUCAGACAUCAGAUCGCAACUCGUCGGUUUGGUCUACCGGACAGUCUUUAGCUUCGACAUUUUUUCGUUACCUGUCAUUUUUAACGAUGUCUGUGGUUGGAUUCGAUGUCGGUUUUAUGAACUGCUAUAUUGCAGUAGCUCGAGCUGGAGGGAUUGAGACGAUAGCGAACGAGUACAGCGACAGAUGUACGCCAGCAUGUGUGUCUUUUGGGCCUCGAAAUCGUUCAAUUGGUGCUGCUGCAAAAAGUCAGUUGGUCACAAACUGCAAGAAUACUGUCCAGGGAUUCAAGCGUUUCCAUGGCCGGGCCUACUCAGACCCGUUUGUUCAGAGUGCGAAGUCUAAGAUCGGUUAUGAGCUUUCACAGAUGCCCACUGGAACAACAGGAAUUAAGGUUACAUACAUGGAGGAGGAGAAGGUGUUCAGCAUUGAACAAGUUACUGCAAUGCUUCUUACCAAACUGAAGGAGACUGCUGAGGGUGCUCUGAAGAAGCCCGUGGCAGACUGUGUUAUUUCAGUUCCCUGCUACUACACAGAUGCGGAGAGGAGAUCAGUGGUGGACGCAGCUCAGAUCGCCGGACUCAACUGCUUGCGGCUGAUGAACGAAACUACUGCAGUGGCACUGGCAUACGGCAUCUACAAACAGGACCUACCAGCCCCCGAGGAGAAGCCCCGCAAUGUGGUUUUUGUGGAUCUUGGCCACUCGGGUUACCAGGUGUCUGUCUGUGCUUUCAACAAGGGCAAGCUCAAGAUUCUUGCUACAGCCUUUGACCAACACAUGGGAGGGAAAGAUUUUGAUGAGGUCCUUGUAAACCACUUCUGUGAGGAGUUUGGGAAGAAGUAUAAACUGGAGGUGAAGUCCAAGCCCAGGGCCCUGGUUCGCCUCUACCAGGAGUGUGAGAAACUCAAAAAGCUCAUGAGUGCAAAUUCUUCUGAUCUGCCCCUCAACAUUGAGUGCUUUAUGGAUGACAUUGACGUCUCUGGACAUCUCAAUAGGGGUCAGUUUGAAGAGAUGUGUGCUGACAUUCUGGCCAGAGUAGAAGCUCCACUGCACAGCAUAAUGGAACAAGCCAAUCUGAAAACCGAAGACAUUUAUGCUGUCGAAAUUGUGGGCGGUGCUUCCAGGAUACCGGCAGUUAAAGAGCGAAUCGGCAAAUUCUUUAGGAAGGAGCUGAGCACGACCCUGAAUGCAGAUGAGGCUGUGGCCCGAGGAUGUGCCCUACAGUGUGCGAUCCUAUCUCCUGCCUUCAAAGUUCGUGAGUUUUCCAUAACGGAUGUAGUGCCCUACCCAGUCUCUCUCAAAUGGAACUCUGCUGCAGAGGAUGGUGUAAGUGAUUGUGAAGUGUUCUCAAAAAACCAUGCAGCUCCUUUUUCCAAAGUGUUAACAUUCUACCGAAAAGAACCUUUCUCUUUGGAGGCCUACUACAACAGCCCUAAACAAUUGCCUUACCCAGAUCCCACAAUAGGACAGUACAUGAUCCAGAAAGUGGUCCCCCAGGCCACAGGUGAGAGUUCAAAGGUCAAGGUCAAAGUGCGGAUUAACAUCCACGGGAUCUUUAGUGUGUCCGGUGCAUCACUGGUAGAGAUGCAGAAGUGUGAGGAGGGCGAGGAGCCCAUGGAAAUGGAACAGAGCCCCACACAGACCCCAGAGAAGGAGGAAGAGAACAAAAUGCAGGUGGAGGAAGAUCAGCAGAAGAGUCCUGGUGAAGGGGAGAAGGAAAAUGAGGAGAAAAAGGUGGCCACGGAGGAAAUGGAGAUGUCUGCCGAAGAAGGCAAGCAAGAAAAAAAGUCUGAUCAGCCUCCACAAGCAAAAAAGCCCAAAGUGAAAACAAAAGUCCUGGAACUACCCAUCGAAAACAAUCCACAGUGGCAGCUGGCAAUUGAAAUGCUCAAUCUCUUUGUGGAGAACGAGGGUAAGAUGAUAAUGCAGGACAAGCUUGAGAAAGAACGAAACGACGCCAAGAACAAUCUGGAGGAGUAUGUGUAUGACAUGAGGGACAAACUGCAUGGAAUGUAUGAGAGGUUCAUCAGUGAAGGCGACAGAGACACACUUUCAUUAAAGUUGGAGGACACAGAAAAUUGGCUGUAUGAAGAUGGAGAGGACCAACCUAAACAAGUGUACAUCGACAGGCUUGCUGAGUUAAAGAAAUUGGGUCAACCCAUUCAAGACAGAUACACAGAGUUUGAGGAGCGGCCAAAAGCUUUUGAGGAGUUGGGAAAACAGCUUCAGCAGUACAUGAAGAUUGUGGAGGCCUUCAAAAUGAAGGAGGAGCAGUACGAGCACUUGGAUGAGACAGAGAUUGAGAAAGUGAACAAGACGGUGAGUGACGUCAUGAUAUGGAUGAACAGCAAAAUGAACCAGCAGUGCAAACAGUCUCUCACUCUGGACCCAGUGGUGAAAGUAGCAGAAAUUGCUGCAAAAACACAGGAGCUGUUUGCUGCUUGCAAUCCCAUUGUGACCAAACCCAAACCGAAGCCUAAAGUGGAGUUGCCAAAAGACGAUGCACCAGCAGAACAGAAUGGACCGGUCAACGGGCAGGAGAGCGCCGAAGUUGAGACCAGUGCCAACCAGAAGGACGCAGCGGAGAACACCGAAUCCAAGCCCGAUAUGGAUCUGGACUGAGUGGGAUGUGCACCUCACCCUGUCCCGAAUCUCAGUCACUGCUCUAGUCAUUCCUCCUUCCCUCCCUUGGGGUUGUUUUGGCAGGCAGAAUGAUUAGUGACUGCAUUGUGCAUGUUUUCUUUUUGUUUAAAAAAUUAAAUAAUAAUAAUAAUAAUAAUAAUAAUAAACAACUGAAAAUACAAUGCAAUAAGCCUGCUCAUUGACAUCAAUGCUGUGUGAACGUGGUCGAGUAUCUGUGUAGUCCAAAAUAUUUGGGUCUGUGCAACUAUUGGAUUUUAAUAAAAACGAACUUUAAAGUA